AUAAUUAUGAGAAUAAUGCGAUUGACUUGGCAGAGGACAAGAUAGACGACGCGAGUAAAAAGAUUGGCGAAGAUAUUGUUUGCAUCACGCGGCUCGCAAGUGAGACAUGCGAGAUGUAUCCCGCGAAUCACAAAACUAUAUUCGUGCUAGAUCACACGCCGUAUUUUGGCAUCUCCACCGAAUCCCCGCUGGAAUUUGACUUUCUGAAGAGCAGAGGCCAGAACCUAAUCCCGCUGGCACCAGUUUGCAAGUCUUUGUGGACCACCAGCGUGGAAGCUUCGUUGGAGUACUGUCGCAUUGUGUGGGAUCUCUUUCCCAUAGGCAAAUUGAUUAGAUUUGUUGUAACCGACCGUGCAGCUUAUGUGCUGAAUUCAUGGAGUCCACUACAGCAAAAUUUAAAUCAUAUAAUGAAUGGCACUGCCAUUUUAGGAGUGCCAACGAAGACACCAGAACCUGGCGAGGACUAUUCGGUGAUACACGGUCUGCGCGUAGCAAUCGAGACACUGAAUGAGUGCUCUGAGAUACAACACGAAAAAAGAACUUCUCUAAACGAGAACACCAACAAACUGAUAAAUCGAGGCAGGGUAAUAUGCAUCACGAGUGCACGUGAUAACAGCAACAUGAAGAACUUGGAAAAUAUCUUUUUGAAUGAAUUAGCACAGGAAAACAAGAAUGCGCUAUCUUCAGAUCAUUUGAUUCCUGUUGAUUAUUGUCAUUUAGUUAUACUGAACAUAUAUCCCAACAAUAUUGAAUCUCAAGUCACUAGUCAAGGUCCUCGAGAGGUAUCAUCAUUUCUUACAGUAGAAAUACAUUCAAUCAAGGCUUCAUCACUUCAUUCCAAGUUAUCUCAUCUGAUUUUAUCUCAUUAUGAUUUGGCCAGCACUACAGUAACAGGUAUACCCAUGAAAGAGGAGCAGAACGCCAGUUCAUCUGCCAAUUACGAUGUGGAGAUAUUUCAUUCUUCAGCCGCACAUACUGCCAUUUUGAAAGGUAAUCCGCAAGAUUCGGCAUUGAUAAAGACAUUCAGGCGUUUUGAAGAAGGAUCAGAAUACGAGACAGUCACGUUGAAGUGGUGCACGCCGCGCGGCUGUAGCGCGUCAGAGAUGCAGAACUGCACGGCAAUGUAUCGAAUCACACCAGUGGACGUCAAUAGCCGACCAUCAUCUUGUUUAAUUAAUUUUCUAUUGAAUGGUAGAUCGGUAAUGCUAGAAAUGGCCAGAAAGGCCGGUGGAAAAACUAUUUCUCAUUUAUUAGCAGCGCACGGUGGCGAGAUUUUCAUUCAUACGUUAUCUACUGCUCGAAGCGUGCUGGAGGAUCCACCUUCCAUUAGUGAAGGGUGUGGUGGUCGUGUCACGGAUUAUAGAAUAACCGAUUUUGGCACCCUCAUACGAAAUAACAUAUUAGUACCGCUAAAACGUACUUCCACUUCUAGUACUGAUGGUCUAGUAGAAAAGAUGAGAUCGAGAUUAGAACGUCAUACCAAAUAUUGGCCCAUGACUUUUUCCCGUACUCUCAUGUUUAAUUUAAAACAUAUAGAUCCGCUUCCAGAAAUAAUGGUGAAGGAUGAGCUCACCACGGAAGAAGUGCUCCAGUGCAAACAAAUAAUUUUUAGCUUGCUCGGGUUAGAGGCAAAACACGAAGCCUUGCCUUUGCCAAACAUUGGCGGAAGUCGCGGCGGGAAAGGAGUACGCAGAGAAGAACAUUAUCGUUUAUUAUGGGAUGAAAUAGAAACAUUCCUUAAACAUCAUGCUAACAACUCGGCCGCACAUACUGAGGUCCUUAAUUGUUUGUUGGAGAUCAGAAAUAAAGACGAAAAGGAUAAAGUAGAACUCGAUCAAGCCCUACGGGAAUUAGAUAGCUUUGGCAAAGAAGAUGGAACUGCGAGAGUCAGCGUGAUCAGAGCAACAACAGAUUCGCCGAUGUCGCCGCCGGCGAGCGUAUCGAUACCCCUAACCAAACAGUUGCACAAGGGUAAUAUUGCUGGAUCGAAGAGUCUCCUGGAUAUCUGGUUGCAACGCAGCGCUCCAAAGGAGAGGAAACCGGAUUUUCAUGGUAGAGUUAGUAGUGAUGGUCUUAAAGCGAAGUUGUAUCCCAACUUGAAGGAAGUUGGACGAGAACCCAGAGAGGCCAUGCUAGAGGGAUAACUGACAAAAGAGACGGAAUGCACUGCAUAGACACGCCACAUGUGUGACAUUGUAAAUAUAAUUGUAUUAGAUACAUAAUAUUAUUCAACGAUAUCAUUCGUGACUGUACAAAAUGUGUUUGAUCAGUUAAAAGUGAAAAAUUU